AUGGGUUUUGUUCCUAUCGUUCGCAAAGGAAGUGGAGAGGAGAGCGCUCCCAUGCAUCACCACGACCAUCACGGCCAUCACGGUGGACAUGACCAUCACCAUGAGCAUCCUCAUCCUCCUCAUCCUCCUCACCAUGACCAUCCUCACCAUGAUCAUCCUCACCCUCACCCUCCUCCCAAUCUGUCUGAACGCGAACGCAUGAUCCUUGAACAUGGCCAUGCCCACGAUGCAAUGGACUCACCAGGAAGUUAUUUAAAGCGUGAGCUUCCAACGUACAGCAAUCGAGACUUUACAACACGCAGCUUUACCAUUGGAGUCGGUGGUCCAGUAGGUUCCGGUAAAACAGCACUUCUUUUGCAACUUUGCCGCCGUCUAGCUGCGAAAUUCAGUAUCGGUGUCGUCACAAACGACAUUUUCACCCGGGAGGACCAAGAGUUUUUGAUCCGCAACCAAGCUCUCCCGCAAGAACGGAUCCGUGCCAUUGAAACCGGUGGCUGUCCCCAUGCGGCAAUCCGUGAAGAUGUUUCCGCAAACUUGGUCGCCUUGGAAGAACUUCAUGCCGAAUUCCAAACCGACCUCUUGCUCGUUGAAUCUGGCGGCGAUAAUCUUGCUGCAAACUAUUCUCGAGAAUUGGCAGACUUUAUCAUCUAUGUCAUUGAUGUCUCUGGUGGUGACAAAAUCCCCCGUAAGGGUGGUCCUGGUAUUACAGAAUCCGACUUGUUGGUCGUCAACAAGACAGACCUGGCUGCCUUGGUGGGUGCAGACCUUCAAGUGAUGAACCGUGAUGCCAAAAAGGUUCGCGAAAACGGCCCUACUGUGUUUGCCCAAGUCAAGAACAACAUGGGAAUGGACGAAAUCGUCGAAUUGAUUUUAGGUGCCGCCAAGGGUGCUGGGGCCCUGUAA